CGCUGAAGUCGGCACUCUUUGCCGCCCGUCUGUGCCAUGGCCCUGCAUGGCAGCUCGCCACAAGUGCUGGGCGCGGUGCAUGCAGAUGCUGCCACUGCUUCUUCAACACCGCCCAGUUCACCUGCACGUUCAGACGUGGACGACGUGGACUGGGACCUGGACUUUGCUGGUCUUUGGGAGGGUGGAUGGGAGGAGCUUCUGCGUGAGGAUGCCGAACAGAUAGGCGAGGCUUACCAAGCCAGCAUCCUGGGGGGCGUCCUUGGUGCUGAUGAUGAGCACGAGAUAGAGGAAGAGAUGGGCGAAGGCUUCAAGGAGUCCAGCGGGCAUCGUGAGGGCAGGAGAGAACAUAAGUUGAGCGCCAAGGGCCUCAUCAGCAACUUCGUGCUCUCCAUUGUGGGCUCCACCGUUUUGGGCCUGGCCUCCCAGAUGCCACGCUUGGGCUGGAUACUGCCGCCCAUCAGUGUCGUUGCUGGCUGCAUCAUUGUCAGCGAGAACACCAGGUUGGUGACCGCAACUAUCGACAAGCUGCAAGCCCAGAAGGGGAUCACGGUGCUUGCGUACCCUGAUUUUGUCAGGGGCGCUCUCGGUAUUUGGGGGAAGCGCAUUUCCUCGGCGACCAGCAUGCUGGCAUUGCUGGGUAUGAUGUGCACCACAUUGGUGCUGGAGGCACAGAACUUCAACUUUUUGUUGCCUGUCCAUUGGUCUUGGUUCGGGUGCAAUGCGUGUGGCCACAAGUGGUGGGCGGUGUUCUUGACUCCGAUUGGCCUGGCUUAUGUCUUCGGCAACCCAGGCAUCCUCAUGAAGCGGGCGGCAUUCCUGGGCCCCAUUGUAUGCAUUCUGACGAUCAUCCUGGCCUGGAUGGGAGUGGGCAUGUCGGUGGCAGCCUCCACCGCCAUGCCUGAGGUUUGCAGGGGCAGCCACAAGCUAUUGCCCGCCCCUUCCGAGUUCUUCUCAGUGGCAAUGGUGUUGGAGCUUGCCAAAGUGGGAUCUUAUGGCUUCUACAACUUUGCGGUGAUCGUCACAGUGCCGACUCUGCGCAAUCAGAUGAAGAAUCCAAAGAAGACUGCUCCAGCGGCCAUCUUCGCAUACAUCCUGGCCUUGUGCCUGUUCCUGCCGAUCAUGUUCCUGGGCUAUCUCGGCUUUGGCAACGAGGUGCCCGAGAAUUUAGUGGACGGCAUGCGGGACGACCGGCCCAGCGGCUGGUGGGCACUGAAUCGGAGCUGGGAGACUGGCAAGCUCACGGUUGCCGGCGCUUGUUUGGAUCUGAUCGUGACCAUCAACUUGCUGAUGACUGAAGCCAUUUACAUUCCUUGCACUGUGCUGGCCAUCGAAGCAUCGUUCCCAGGCCUCUUCCGGCGUGGCCCUGCAUGGGCGUCAAAGGUCAUGCGUGGAGUCGUCGUGGCGCUGAGACUGUUAGUUGCCGUCGGCAUCGAGUCCUUUGUAGCGAUGAGUGCUCUGGUGGCUGCUCUUUUCUGCGUUUGCAACAACAUCAUCUUCCCGAUCGUGGCCUUUCAUUACUUCAAAGUGAAAAAGGUUAGCAGACUGCGGAAGAUUUGCCAUGCUCUGGUGCUGGUGUCUUGUGAACUCACAUGAGAUCGUCUCAGCCAAGCCCGUGAUGGACCUUGGCCCCGACUCAUCGAACCAUCCCCAAACCACUCCGCCUUGAGGCCUGGAAGUUUCGCUGCUUGAUGCGAGGUGCUGUUUGAAAAGAGGGGGCGUGAUGACAAACAUAAUAGCGCGACGCUGGUGCCAGGUUCUUGCUCUGUUACGUAGCCCGUUCACAACCUGCCCACUCCCAACUACGCAACUUGCAUUUUGAUCACGCAGUGACGUUGAGUGGCCGCGAUGCUUGCAGCAAGCACAAGCACACAAUUCCCGCCGUGCGCGUCUAGCUCGCGUAGAACAUUGCGGAAGCGCAGUUUUCCGCACAUUGGGUCACACUCGAUCGUUGGACUCGCUCUAGGUAUGGCAUCUUCAUCAUGA